UGACAAUCAUGAAUAUCCGUUGUGCGAAACCUGAUGACUUGAUGAGUAUGCAACAUUGCAACUUACUCUGCCUGCCUGAAAAUUAUCAAAUGAAAUAUUAUUUUUACCAUGGCCUCACGUGGCCGCAGUUAAGUUAUGUCGCUGAAGAUGAUAAAGGAAAUAUUGUUGGAUACGUGCUUGCAAAAAUGGAAGAACCAGAACCGGGUGAAGAAAGUAAACAUGGUCACAUUACCUCAUUGGCGGUAAAAAGAUCAUAUCGUCGCCUAGGAUUAGCCCAAAAGUUGAUGAAUCAAGCAUCACAGGCGAUGGUGGAAUGUUUCGAUGCACAGUAUGUGUCUUUACAUGUUCGUAAAAGCAAUCGCGCUGCUUUAAACCUCUACACUGAUUCUUUAAAAUUCAAAAUAAUUGAAAUUGAACCGAAAUAUUAUGCGGAUGGCGAAGAUGCGUAUGCCAUGCGCCGUGACCUUAGCGAGUUUUCUAAAAAUGAAUAUUCCGAUGAGUCUGGUCAGGAACCGAAGGCUGGUACUAUGAAUGACAAGGAUAAGAUUAACUACAGGCAGGUAGUGUCGCAUGAUCACAGCGGACAUGAUGGGCAUUGCUGUUGAAGGAGACGAAGAUUAGCAUUUAAAAUGGUCGAAUGAAAAUUGGGUAUAAUUUUGUAUUCAUAAAAAUUUGGAAAUUUUUUGUAUCUUUAAAUAAAUUGUGCAUCGAUCUUUCAUA